UGCUCUUAAAGUCGACAUCGACAUCUCAUGAGAUGCAAAGUUGAGAUCAUUGUAAGAUAAUUAAUUAUCGUAAAGUUCAUACGAGAAUGUCGAGCCCUGCUUCGCAUCGGGAUGAGUCUACGGACUUGAGUCCUACAGUUACAAACACGUCGAUGGAUUCGGAGCCGAAGAAGGCGGGCAAGCGAGUGCUGUCAUGUGUGCUCUGCCAACAGAGGAAAAAGAAAUGCGAUCGGAAGAGUCCGUGUUCGAAUUGCAUAAGGCUUAAAACAGUCUGCACUCCAAGUUUACCAGCACCGCCAAGGAAGCGCAGACGUCCGAAUCAAGAUCUUCUGGAAAGGCUUGCGAGAUGUGAAGAACUUCUGCGGCAUUGCACUUGUAUAAGACUUCCGACGCCAGAGCAUAGUCCGCCAAAUCAACGCGAGCAGUCACCUCUGAGCUUACACGAAGGCGAUGACUUGAAGAGGAAGAGAAGCAGAGAGCAGUCGCCUACGGGAGCAGAUUAAUGGACAGCUGGAAUUGUCUUCUCACAGGAAUCAGUUCUCGAAGAAAUCAUGGAUGGCCGAGCGGUUCAUUAUUUGACUUUGAAGUCUCCUAGUACGAAGGUUCACAUAUUUUGAGACCAGUUCUCUGGCAAUUGGGUUUUGUCUUUAUGGAGUUGAGGUCUUUCAUUGGGGAUGGACCAUUUCGCAGACGGCUUGCCUGCUUUUAUGACGAUACCCAAUUUCUCUUCUUUAAUUUCUCAGUCUCUGAGAUGCAAUAUAAUUGUAUGGCACGA